GGGGGGGGGGGGGGGGCUCGCUCCGUCUCCGUGCCGCGCUCGGCUCUGGGAAUCCGCGCGACUCCGCGUGGCCGGACACGCGGACGGCGCGCCGAGAAGGCGGCAGAGACGCGCGCAGAGUGAAGGAGGCGGUCGAGGGGGACAGUGGAAGAGACAGAGAGAGACAGACAGAGAGAGAGAGACAGACAGAGAGACAGAGAGAGAGAGAGCCGACGGGGAGGAGAGCGCAGGAGAGACGGGGAGAGAGACGAGGAGUGGUGCCAUGAAUCUCCCUCGCGCCGCCGCUCCGCGGGAGUGAAGCGCAAUCCGCGAUGGUGAUCGGCGCGAAGAGCGAACAGCGCGGGGACCUCCACUCGCAGUAGCAACCAGCAGCAGCAGUAGCACCAACACCUGCUGCAGCAGCAGCACCAACACCACCUGCAGCAGCAGUAGCAGUAGCACCAACACCUGCUGCAGCAGCAGCACCAACACCACCUGCAGCAGCAGUAGCAACACCAGCUGCAGCAGCAGCACCAGCAGCAGCACCAACACCAGCUGCAGCAGCAGCACCAACACCACCAGCAGCAGUAGUAGCAACACCAGCUGCAGCAGCAGCACCAGCAGCAGCACCAACACCAGCUGCAGCAGCACCAACACCACCAGCAGCAGCAGUAGCAACACCAGCUGCAGCAGCAGCACCAACACCAGCUGCAGCAGCAGCACCAGCAGCAGCACCAACACCAGCUGCAGCAGCAGCACCAACACCAGCUGCAGCAGCAGCACCAACACCAGCUGCAGCAGCAGCAGCACCAGCAGCAGCACCAGCAGCAGCACCAAGACCAGCAGCAGCAGCACCUGCAGCAGCAGCACCAGCAGCAGCAGCCGUUUAAACAUCAUCAUCAGCAGUUUAAACAUCAGCAGCAGCAGCAGCUUCUCGGCGCCGCGCUGGCACUGGGUCCACCCGGCAGCGCUUCCCCCCUGCGGGUGCCCAUCGCCGGGCCUCGCCAGCCUGGGGUCAUCACAUAGAGGAGGAGGAGGAAAGACGAGUGGAUCCUUCUCGGCGCGGGUGGUCCGUGCGCGGCCACGUCCUUGGGAUGAUGGCCUUCAUCAAGCAAGCGCCCUACCCGAUGAACGGCAUGGGCCUCUCAGCGGCCGGGAUGGAGCUCUUCCACUCGGCCGUGGGAUACCCAGCUGUGUGUGCGCGUGUUUCCCCGGCAGCGCCGCCGCGCAAGCAGCGUCGCGAGCGCACGACGUUCACGCGCGCGCAGCUCGACGUCCUCGAGUCGCUCUUCUCCAAGACGCGCUACCCCGACAUCUUCAUGCGCGAGGAGGUGGCGCUCAAGAUCAACCUGCCCGAGUCGCGCGUGCAGGUGUGGUUCAAGAACCGGCGCGCUAAGUGCAGGCAGCAGCAGCAGCAGGCCGCGUCCGGCGGGGGGCCUGUGAAGCCGCGGCCCCCCAAGAAGAAGAGCGCCCCCCAAGACGGCACCCCAGAUGUAGGGGGGCCCAGCCGCUUCUCCCCCGCGGCCGGCGGCACGGGCACCAGCAGCAGCGGCACCACCACCACGAGCAGCAGCAGCAGCAGCGGCAACGGCGGCGGCGGGCACAGCCACGGCCACAACCACGGCGGCACGAACGGCGCGGGCGUGAUGGGGGGCGGCGUGCCGUCGGCGGGGACCCCCGCGUCCAUUUGGAGCCCCGCGCCCGUCUCUCCAGAGCUCGACCCCCUCGGCCUGGGGGCCCUGGGUCUGAGCGGCGCUGCCGGGGGAGCGGGCGGGGCGGGGGUAUCCCUGAACGGCGGGGGCCACCACCACCACCACCACUCCUCCUCCUCCGUGCAGGGAGGCUCCCCCUGCACCGUGCAGCAGCAGCAGCAGCGCGUCUCCUACGGCGCCAUGGGGCCUUUCGUGCAGAGCGGGGGCUACGGCCCCCCGCAGGGCUACACGGCGGCCUCCUACUACGGCGUGGAGUGCGGGGGAGGCGGCGGGGGAGGCGGCGGGCCCUACCUGCCGGCCAUGACCCUGCCCAGCCACAGCGCCGGGCUGAGCCCCCUGUCGGCGGCCGCCUCGUCGGGGUUGGGGGUUGGGGCCCUGGGACAGGUGUCGCCCCACGCCGCGCCGCUGCCCCCGCAGUGCUACGGCUUCGCGGGGGGCGACUACCUGGACUACAAGGAGCAGAGCGCCUCCUGGAAGCUCAACUUCAGCGCGGCCGAGUGCCUGCAGGACUACAAGGAGCAGCCGGGCGCCGCGUGGAAGUUUCAGCCGUUGUGAGCCGCGCGGAGCGCCAUGCGGUCGCCACGGCUGACGACGCCGCCGCCGCCGCCGUACAGACUUAGAGCGCGACUCGACUCCACGCGUGGGGCUCGCUUGAUGAAGCCGCGCGCGUGAAUUUAAUUCCCGGACGACGACGGCAAAGACGACGACGAUCGGAUGUGCCGAGUCGCCUCGCUGCGCCGAUGAUCCCGCGGUGUCGGCGGUGAUUGGAUCGGGACCUCCGCGCGUCUUCGUAGAGAUUCGGACGUGAAUGAAGAAGCAUUUGGCGUCGUCAAGAAGAACGACGACAUCGACAUCUUCGCCGUCGCCACGUGAACCGCCAGGCGCGCCAUGGCGGUCGAAACGGCCCGGCUUCCUUCGUUCGAGAGAAAGAGAGCGAGAGAUGAAGCACAAUCAGAGUUGGACGUUCUGCCGGGAGGGCAGGGGGUGGCUGGGCCCUUUGUGACGUCACUGCACACGGUGGAGUCUGGAAGUCAAUUUAAAGUCGUCGUCGUUGUUGUUUUCUUCGCGGAAUCAGAAUCUUUAUUUAGAAUGGAGGAAUCCGAUGAGCGAUGAAGAUAUUUUUUUGUCCACAGACGUUUUACGAACCGGAGGCUUCAAACUGACGUCGGUCAGCCGAGUCGGCAUGCAACUCCGAUGAGACGAACCCGUCGAGUUUAAAAACUCUCUCAGCGUUGCGUCCACGAGCGCUCGCUCGGCGCGUGGGGUCGUGCGCGCCAGACGCGAAUCGUUCCCCCCCCCGUUGCUGGCAAACGGCAAAAUCUCCACACUCGGCGAAUCCCCACAGUUCUGCAUCAUUUGAGCAGCGUUGAUUCGGCGCAGGCAAACUCUGCGGCGCUGUCGACCCGCCGUGCCCCGUCAGCAGAUUCGGGCUCGCUCUGCGUCAAUGCCGGUGCAGGAUGUAAAUAGAGCGUCGCCGCUGAUUCUCGUGUGUUGUGUUGUAGAGUUUUACGUAAAACGAGGGACCCGCAUCUUUAUAAGAGAGGGUCCACCCUCCCUAUAAACCAUCUGCCAGUUCGCCGGCGUUGAUGUCAAGCGAGCGCGACUGCCGAUGAGACGCUGUGGGUCGAAACCGCUCCCGGAGCAUUGCUUGUGCCAAGUCGACGCUGCUGAUGUUGCGCCGUCCUGAAGGGGACCGCGAGGCCGAUGGGAAGUGUAAAAAAACUAACUUGUAUUGGUUGUACGUGAAAGAGGCGCUGCUUGUCCAACAAUCUGUACGAGUGGGGGGGGGGUUGGAGCAGAGACGGAGACCCCGAUCGGGUCUGCUGUCCGGUCACGGACAGGAACGCGCUGCUGUUGCUGCUGCACGGCCUGGGCAUCUGGAGAAGCGUCGCCCCCUCCCACAACCGCUCCCCCCCCCUAUAUUGUGCACCACGUGGCAUUUUAAAACGAUGUAAGAAGUAGCUCUGUAAUGUCCACUUCCGCGAGCCCGAUGUCGAACACGGUGGGGGGCGGGGGGGUAAUCGAUGUUUGACGUCGCGGCGCGGUGCCCCCUGCCGGCUGAUGUUGCUGCGCUCAAUUCUCAGGGCAACGAAUUUCAUACCCGUCUCUCUCGCUCUUCUCUUCAAAUCGUGCUUCGUCAAUGAAUUUGUGUUCAUAUUUUUGUCCCCCUACGCUCACGUAAGUUGUAUCUUCACCCACACACCCUCAUCUCUACUUCGACUACUGCUCGUGUUAGUGCUGCUCGUUGCCGGACGCUGAACUUUAUUAUGGGAAGGUGCUCAGCAGAAAAACAGGGUGAUCCAUAUAGAGAUGCCCCACUCAAAUGACCGCGGCCCACUUAAUAGGGAAGUCUACAUUUGAUUGAAGCUCCUCUUGCUAACGAGUCUCCCACCAACCCCCGCACUCCGUCGUGUCCAUCUCGCCGUGGCUCUGCUCCUUUGCGAAGACGCCGAGACGUCGCUGCUGUUUCACGAUUACUCACUGUCGAGAAGACGGAGGGAGAGGGGACGGGGGGUGCAUUCGAAAUCAGUGGGGUAACUCUAAAUGGAUCGCCGUGCAGUAACACACACACACAGUACACACAGUACACACACAGUACACACACACAGUACACACACAGUACACACACAGUACACACACGCAGUACACACGCAGUACACACACAGUACACACACACAGUGCACACACAGUACACACACAUACAGUAUACACACAGUAUACACACACACAGUAUAGACAGUACACACACGCACAGUACACACACACAGUACACACACACAGUACACGCGCGCGCGAUGGAUACAAAAACGAGUCUGGUAUCCAACAGUAUUAGUAUCAUUAUUAUGAUGAAUACUGUUUUGUGCAAACACCAAUAAAUGUCGAUGGAAGGGUGACCCGCGCGCCAAAUUACAAUCCCACCGCUCCGUCGGAGGGAGGCCGCGCUAAAUGUUCGUCACUGGACAUUCCACAUUGCUAUGGCGGGAGCCGGUCUGGCCGUGGAGUGUAAAAA